AAAGUUUUUUAUCACUCUUAUUUCUUAUAGAUAGAGAAUAAUAGAGGAUAAAGAAAGGAUUUUAUUGUAUGUAAGUUAUUGAUGAGACAUCCUACAUAUUCCACAUAUGUAUCAAGGUGCCUUUUCAUAAGCCGCUGAAACCGAUUGUUUGAAAAUGAUCACGUAACAACUUUUAUUUGUACGUAAAAAAAGAUAGCAGCGUGACAGAAUUGAAAGUUGAGCGUUUAAGCAGUAAAUGCUUUGUAAUUGAUUAAAAAAUUGUUGAUACUGGAUUACGAGCGACAAAUCUGUCGCUUCAAACGCUUGUUUUAGCGGCACGUGAAAUUGCCCUUUCAUCCUUAUUCGGAAUAAUCUUGUAGUUCAAGUUCUUGACCUUGAAAAGUCAGGUGAAAGGUGAAAGAUUCUCACGGUCUUCCAAUUUUUGUUAGUCCAAUCGCUUAAAAAGAUUCACAAGUCCUUAUCGGUAAGAAAAGACCAGAAUUGGUCUGCUAAGGCCACUAAAACACGAAGAAGAAGAAGGAAUAAUCUUGUGUCAUAUUCUGUUUUGCAUGCACGUCUUCUCAGUGUAUGUUCGAACGUGCUUUCCAUAUAAAACAAGUGAAAUUAAGAAGUAGACAGCAACGUUUGUUUAACGUGAAUACAUAUGCAAACAUAAAGUUAUUUAAUAUAUACAAGUGACUUGUAUAAUUAAUUACGAUGGAACAAUAUUUAAAAUCUAUUAAAGUUGGAUUUAUUGGAGGUGGAAAUAUGGCUAGUGCUAUAGGUGCUGGUUUAAUUCACAAAGGUAUAUUGAAUCCAGAUAAUGUUUGGGUUUCUGGCCGUACAGACAGAAUGCAUGGGUUUUGGAAGGAUUUAGGUACCCACCCAACAUUGGACAAUGAUGAUGUUGUAAUCAAUUGCGAUAUCAUAUUUUUGACAGUGAAGCCACUAAUGUUAGAUGAUGCAGUUACCACUAUAGGAAGAAAAGUGACUCAUAAGAACAAGCUAUUUAUUUCAGUGCUUGCUGGAGUGUCUCUUGAAACCUUACAUACUAAACUCUCAGCUGUUACACUUUCACCAAGAAUAAUUAGAUCUAUGCCAAAUACACCUAUGAUGGUUGGAGAGGGAGUUACAGUUUAUUGCAGCAAUAACGCCGAACCGAAAGAUAUGGAACUAGUAGAUACAUUAUUUUCCUAUAUUGGUAUGAGCCAAAGUGUUCCAGAAAGUCUUAUAAAUGCCAUUGGUGGUCUAUCAGGUUGCGGUCCAGCAUUUGCAUAUCUCAUCAUAGAAGCAUUGGCAGAUGGAGGUGUGAGGAUGGGUGUGCCAAGGCCACUAGCGACUAAAUUCGCAGCUCAAGUGCUAGUAGGUGCUGGAAAAAUGGUAAUCGAGACUGGGCGACAUCCUGGUCAGUUGAAAGACGAAGUCUGUUCUCCUGCAGGUACUUCCAUCGCUGGUGUUCAUGCUAUGGAAGCAGGAGGUGUCAGGGGAUCUAUGAUGAAUGCUGUUGAAGCUGCUGUAAAUAGAUCAAAUGAAUUAACUUCUCUAUCAAGUCUUAAAAAAUAGUACCUUUAAUAAUUAAUAUUUUAGAAUAUUUUUUAGAGCGUAUAAAUUUCCGAAAAGCUAGUUAUAUAAUAUUAUUUCAUAUCUUUUAAUCAAGUCACUUUUUUAUACUUAAAUAUUUGAAGAAAAUAUUUUAUCUAACACAGCUUUUUCAAAGUGAACUAUAGUAUAAUGUUAUGUAUGUCACAAUUUUUAAAGUUUUG